AUGUCCGUCACAACAAAGGCUACCAUCGCCUCCUUUGGCGGUAAGCUGCUUAAGCUCAGUCACAAUGCCACAACCACCCGCUGCGAAAUGUCCUUCAACCUCUAUCUGCCCCCGCAGAGCCAGAACCAGAAGGUUCCUGUGUUGAUCUACCUGUCUGGUUUAACCUGUACCGCUGAUAACUGCUCGGAGAAGGGUUUCUUCCAGCAUGCUGCUAGCAAGAAGGGUGUUGCGGUGCUUUACCCUGAUACUAGCCCUCGUGGCCUGAACAUUGAAGGCGAAAACGACGCUUAUGACUUUGGCUCUGGUGCUGGCUUCUACGUCGAUGCUACUAAGGCUCCUUAUGACCAGGGUUACAACAUGUAUAGCUACGUCACUGAGGAGCUCCCCCAAACUGUCUUCGCUGCUUUCCCGCAGCUGGAUGCUAGCCGAGUUAGUAUUACUGGUCACAGUAUGGGUGGACAUGGUGCUCUCACACUGUUCCUUCGCAACCCUGGAAAGUACAAGUCCGUUUCGGCAUUCGCCCCUAUCACCAACCCUAUCAACUGCCCCUGGGGUCAAAAGGCGUUCAAGGGUUACUUUGGAGAUGAGCAACAAGCCAAGUGGAAGGAGCAUGACGCUACAGAACUUAUUAAGGAGUGGACUAGUGGUCCAGUGGAUAUCCUGAUUGACGUGGGCACUGGCGACAACUUCUACAAGCAGGGCCAACUCCUUCCCGAGAACUUCGCCGCUGCCGCUAAGGAAGCAGGCGUUGAUGGUUUGAACAUCCGCUACCAACCUGAUUACGACCAUUCUUACUUUACCAUGGCGACUUUCGCGGAUGAUCAUGUCGAGCAUGCGGCCAAGUAUCUCUUUGCAUAG